CCCAGCAGCCAGUACUGGGGAGGACUGAACUACCAGAGGAGCAGGCUGGAGGUUGUGGGUCAUAGAUCUAGAGGUUUUUUCCUUUUACACCAGUGGCAGUGAGGACAGCUGUUGUUGGAGAUGACUAGGCUGUCACUGCAGGAACAGCAUCCCUCCACUUUGAGAACGUUUCUCUGUCCCGAGAGCCUGAGAGUUACUGGAGAAGUCUGAUCUACAGAUAUCACAGGAUUUCUACCUCAGUUAAGUGUUAGGGGCUUUCAAAGAGGAUCAGUGGCAACCCUGCUGAAUAAAAGUGAUAUUCAUAACCAAAUUCCAGGAUGAAGACUCAUCUCCUCUGCUUCCUCUUGGCGGGUCACCUUCUUGUGGCCAAUGGGCAGCUGGAGCCAAAACAACAAGUGCCCCAGGAGUCUCUCACUGUUACCCAGAGACUUGGGCUUGUAGAGAAGGAUGCACAAGCUCCGAUGAGGCCCAAUAUCACCAUGCCUCGCCGCCGGAUACCCCCAAUGUGCACUGGAACCACAGAAAUACGAGACACCUUUAAGUAUAUCCACACAGUGGUGUCCUGCCUGGUGUUCGCUGUCGGUAUUAUUGGCAAUUCUGCUCUCCUCAGGAUCAUCUACAAGAAUAAGGGCAUGCGUAACGGGCCAAACAUCCUGAUCGCCAGCCUGGCACUUGGUGACCUGCUGCACAUCAUCAUUGGUAUUCCCAUUAAUGUCUACAAGCUCCUGGCAGAAGCCUGGCCUUUCGGGGUGACUCUGUGCAAACUGGUGCCAUUUGUCCAGAAGGCUUCAGUGGGGAUCACGGUGCUGAGUCUGUGUGCUCUGAGUGUUGACAGGUAUCGUGCUGUGGCCUCAUGGAGUCGUGUCAAAGGGAUUGGAGUCCCAAAGUGGGUGGCUAUCUCCAUAGCACUCAUCUGGAUUUUAUCCAUCGUCCUAGCUGUGCCAGAGGCUAUAGCCUUCGAUGUGAUCACCAUGGACUAUAAAGGAGAACAUCUAAGGAUCUGUCUAUUGCAUCCAAUGCAGAAAACUGAAUUUAUCAGGUUUUAUAAAUCAGUGAAAGACUGGUGGCUGUUCACUGCAUAUUUCUGCCUGCCCUUGGCCUGCACCGCUAUUUUCUACACGCUGAUGACCUGUGAGAUGCUGAGGAAGAAGAAUGGAGUCCAGAUUGCACUUAGUGAUCAUCUUAAACAGCGGAGGGAGGUGGCUAAGACAGUGUUCUGUCUGGUUCUGGUCUUCGCUGUGUGCUGGCUGCCACUCCACCUCAGUCGUAUCCUGAAGCUCACUAUCUAUGAUGAGAAAGACACAAACCGCUGCGAGCUGCUCAGCUUCUUUCUGGUGUUGGACUACAUUGGCAUUAACAUGGCAUCUGUCAACUCUUGCAUCAACCCCAUCGCCCUCUACAUGGUCAGCAAGCGCUUCAAGAACUGCUUCAGGUCCUGCCUGUGCUGCUGGUGCCUACCAGCAGAGAUCCUGAUGGGUGAGAAGCAGUCGUUUAUGAAGCUGAAAGCAAAUGAACAAGCCUCUGACCAGAGCAACUCUCAUACGACCAACAAAUCUGCUACAACCAGAGUAGAGGCCUAGAAGUGAGAAGAGACCAUAAGAUGACAAAAAAAAACUAAAUACUGUAGUGACAUAUGGAUGACUGGAUGUGCAUAAAUGCCCAUUCCUACUCCUUCUCCAACAUCAUAUAAUGUUUCUUUAAACACUUAACAGAUGCUUCUUUGGAAAUCAGACCUCUGAAACUCGUUCUAACCUAAAACUAUGAACUCUUCCCAUUACGGAGCACUGCACACUCUCUCUGUCUGAAAAGAAAUAAGCAUCAGUGCCCCUCAAAAAACUCUUGGAUAGCAAGUGUGAAACAUGUGAAACAAGCAAACUGGUGCUAAUAACACCAAAUAUCAAAAACUGAGCAACCUUUAGCACGAGUGCUGUGCCAAAUUAUGGGUGAAGGGCCAAUUAGCAGACAUCUCAUCAGGGCUGCAGCCUGGUAGAGAACGUUACUUUAUACUUUAUUAACCUUGUGGUACACUAUGUAUUGUGUGGACUAUGUUUGCGUGUGAUGCCGUGUUACAUAUUGACACCACACUGCAGCAGCUUGAAAAAUUAAACUAUUAAUCUAAUGCUAUUGUUUACAUUUUUAUUUGUAUUCCUUCAAAAUGUAUGUACUGAACAAUUUGCAAUCUUGUCACAUUAAUGCCUUUAAAUAUAUUUUCCUGUUUGUUACUAAUUACUGAUGUUGUGUGUUUUCA